AUGAAUUUUGAUAUAGCAUCUGAUGGGAAUGAAUAUACAUACAGCGGAUAUUCAAAAAAUUCACUAAUAGAAGAUAAAAAUUAUGUCUUAGAUUAUGAAAAAUAUGUACACUUUGCUUUCUUUGCCUGCUUUUAUAUAUCUCACAUAAAAAAAGAAAAAUGUUCAGAUACAGAACUUUUGGCUUGGUAUUUGAAAAAGUUUAAGCAUAUCGUUAUCAAUUCUACAAAAAAGGUUAAACGAACCUACUUUAAUUUGAUAAAUAAUCUUAUUCAAGAUAAAUGUGUCAAGGUUUCUUUGGAAAGUAAUAAAAGAUAUUUAUUACAUAACGAAAAUUUUAUUUUAUGGGCAUGGAAAAGAAGAGCUUUAAAAUAUGAUAAAGAACAAUUUAAUAAAUAUUAA